AAAUCCUUAACAACAAACUCUGGUUUCCCCAAAUUACCCUCCUCCCCUCCUGCAUGGACAAGGUGAAUUGGGUAAAUUGACCUCCCCCACUCCAAAAUCUGCCUGCCGGCUUCCCAUCUAUUCUGCCGCCAUUAUUCAGUGAAGAAGAAGAAGAGAAGAAGAAGAACAUGGAGUUUGAUCAAAAGCCCAGGAAGCAGAAAUUCAGAGAAGUUAGUUCAAGAUUCCUGUCGCCGACCUCAAACUCCUCGUCGGCGAAUGCAAUGUCGUCCCCGAAUCAUCACGUUCUGUCGCCGGUGAAGCAGAAGCCCCGAUCAUCCACUGAUUCCCGGAAGCAUAAGGGGCUGGAGAAAUCGGGUUUCAUGGCGAAGCUUUGGCCCUCGUCCGCCCCGUCCUCGCAAUCUUCAAGCUCCAAGGUGGACUCUCUUGGCAAUCACCUCGGACACGAGAGGCUAAAAGAGCUUGAAGAGGACAAACAUGGAGACAGAGCGGAUAAUCCCAUGUUUCUCAACCGCCAGAACAGUUGCUUGGAGUUUAGCAGGUUUGAGCGCGAGAAAGAUAAAGGAGCUAAGGAAAAUCACCGCCCGGGGAUCGGUGGGUCCAUGUCCAUGCGCCACACCGGAAAAUUCAUGCUUCCCGGCAGAUCUUCCACUUCUUCAUCCUCGUCUUCCUCGUCCUCCUCAAAAUCCUCGAAUUUACUUGAAGAUUACUCUGAUCGUGAUCGUGAUCGCCUUCUUCCGGGGAGAUUUUCUGUCGAUGAAAAUGCCCUCCAGGGGAAGAACUACGUGAAAAGAUCAGAUUUUUUAUCCGAUUUGCAGGCCUAUUCCGAGUCUGAAAACACUGAAUUUUUCGGUUCCCCUGUGGCCGGGAAGAACAAUAUCCCAUCCUACAUGGCGCCCACACUCAGUUCAAGAAAAGCUGGAAUCGAAGUCGCAUCAAAGUACAUGCAAGAUUUGCCGUCGAAAUCCCGGAGAUGGAGUUCAGAUUCCGGCGCCCAGAACACCGCCGUAUCAGCAGAGUACUCUCCCAAAAAGGCCUCCCAAAAAACUGCCAUAAAAAGGACUAACUCACUAGGCACGACGAAUUCUAAGUGCUCUGCAUCUCCGGGGAGAUCAAACUCCCCGCCGGUUUUGGCAGAGAACAAAGGGAAACUAGCCGGAAUUUCAACUUCAAAGCCGCCGACCAGCCCUUCAAGAGUGAAAGGAGUCGGGAGUUUCUUGAGUAUGGGGCUUGAAUUGCUUAAGGUCAAGAAAUCUUCUUCUUCUUCUGCGUCGUCCCCCUUAGGCCCCGGAACAUCGGAGACCGUUCAUCACUUGAGGUUGCUCCAUAACAGGCUGAUGCAGUGGAGAUAUGCUAAUGCAAGAUCUUAUGUUGUUAAUGACAACAUUAUCAGACAGGCUAAGAACAACUCAAUAUAUGCAUGGGAUGGUCUUGCUAAACUGCACCAUUCUGUAAUGCAGAAGAAGCUGCAGUUGCAGAAGGAGAAGAUGGAGAUGAAACUCACUUAUGUACUUCAUUCUCAAAUCAAACUUCUUGAAGCUUGGGGUGACAUGGAAAGACAACACUUAUCUGCAAUCUCCAUGACCAAAGAUUCCUUAAACUCAGUUGUUUGUAGUGUCCCCCUCGUUCAAGGCGCAAAGGUGGAACCACAAUCAACCUCCAUGGCUCUUCGUCACGCUUCAGAGGUUGCUGCAUCCAUCAAGUUGAUGUUGUCUGCCUUCUCGCCCGGGGCUGAGAAGACAUCUGAAGUACUGAAAGAAAUAGCAGAGGUUGUAAUACAAGAGAAAUUGCUGCUGGAAGAGUGCUUGGAGCUUUUCAAGACCAUUUCUGCACUAGAGAUUCAAGAGAGGAGUUUGAAGUGUAACAUAGUACAGUUAAGAUUGGUAGAAGAUGAAUACCAAUUCCGACACCAGGAACUCAGCUGGAAGACCUAUCUGCAGCAUAAUAAUAAUUUUUAUUAUUAGAUAGGAAAAAAAAAAAAGAAUCAGAAGAUGCAUUUAGGCUUCUCACUUGGUUUUUAGAGAGAUAGUUUGCUGACAGAGACUUUUAACAAAAACAAAAAAUAAAUAUAAAAAAAAUGCUCAUA